GCUUUGCAGAGGAAAUCUACAAGUACAUUCAGCAGGCCGUGCAGGAGGCGGUGCGGCAAGCGCUCCAAGGAUUGAGUGGCGCUGGCAUUGCCCCAGCGGCGCCGCAGGUCCCUGAUGCCAAAGGAGAGACUCAGGACGGCAAAGGUCGCAAGCGCCGCAAGCGCCAAGGAAAAGGUGAGGCACAGGCUGAAGCUCAAGCAAACGGCGCCAGUCAGCAGAAAGGUGCAGAAAGCCAGAAGGGCAAGGACAAGGGCAAAGGCGGAGGGAAGCUUUCUUCGCAACAGGCUACUUCAGCCAAAUCGGGGGUCGAUGGCCGUGGAGCUGAGCCCAAGACCGGGUCCCUCAACAAAGGCAAAGGCAAUGGCAACUCAGCAUCGUCGCCGGAUAGUGAGGGUUGGACAAAGGUUGGUCCCAAGCCCCGCCCAUCACCGGAUAAGAAGUUCAGAUUGAGAGCUCAAGAUUGGGAUAAGCCGCUGCUUGAUCCAACAAAGAUAGCUGAGAAGCUUGAAGCCUUGCAGACCGGCGUCAAGGAGACCUUUGCUGUUGUCCGUAAGCCCUCUGCAGUGCUCCAUGUUAGAGUGCCACAGGCUUUCGCAACGGACCAGCUGUGGAAACAGUUCCUCAAGAACCCCUCCCGUGUGGUCAUGCAGUGGUUGAGCAACUUGCACAUCAACGCUCUUGACGCCUGGGGUUGGAAGGAAGAGCAAGUUGACAAAGGCAGCCAGCUCUAUGGGUUGAUUCGCAUCCUUGAGCCUGACAUCACCUCUGUGCUUGCUUUGUCAGGACGUGAUGGCAUUUUCCUUGAGUUGACGCGUGAGUCGUCCAGCGGCCAGCCAAAAGUUGCGGUUAAGGUCAACUGGGUAGAUGCCGAAAAAGGUGAAAACAUGCCAGACUACCUGUCGCGCAUGCUUCGCUCUGCUGGUGAUCUUGGCCUUGCGCACCGAGCUGGGCGGCUUGGGCAUGUUGCUUUGCGAUCCAGCACCGACCUUGUUGAGCGGUUGCUUGCACCGUCCUUUGAGAACAUCAAAAUGCUCAGGCAGCUUCGCAAGAAGAAGUUCAAGGUGUUUUACUUUCGUGCUGCUUCCAAGGAGGCCGACCGAGAUCUUGUGCCUUUAACUGCCAGGGAUGGUAAUGACACGCUGACACUGUGGGCGACGAUUGCCCCUCCUCGGAAUCGUGUCCGCCAGCAGCGGGUCCUGAAGGGUUCGUCGGUUUUGUCUCUUGCGCCGAGGACCUCCAUCUUUGAGCCGCAGCCUGUGUCAAUUGCCACAUGCGCUGAGGAUGGCGAUAAGGAGCAAGGGGUUGCCAAGAAGGCCAAGACUUUGGCUCGGGGUGUGCCGACUGGAUGCAAGGUACAUAUCGUGCCGGGUGAUGGCUCGUGCGAGCUCAGGGCUGGUGUGGUCAACCACUUGCUGCAGCAUAAAGACCGCUAUGUUGGCCUUUGGGACAAGUGUGACACCGGAGGAAAGCCAGACCCUAAUCUUGACUUCGAGGGGUAUAUCAAAUUGGUUGGGCAGGAGUCAGCCUAUGCCUCGGACCUUGAGCUUAGGGCACUUGCGCGCAGCUGGCAGGUCAACAUUGUGGUUGUGCCCGCAGAUAGCCGGCUGGAGCCUGAAGCUUUCACUACGCAGAAGGCGAAGAAGACAUUGGCGUUUUGGCUCGAGAACAAGCACAUUGAUCUGCUCUUGCCUGUUGAAGGUAACAAGUACCCGGAAGAGCUUUUUAGCU